AUGGAAACAGGGUGUGCCGCAAGGACAAAUGGCGUGGCUGGGAACCAAGAAGAUGUGACUUGUCCAUCCCCCUCUAAGAAACAGGGAGAGGAGCUGAAGAAGUCCACCAGUCCCAGUGGGGGUGAGAAGGAAGCUGCCAAAAGCACCAGCAGUCCUUCUCUGGAGACGGGGAAACUGAAGAGCUCCAUCUACUCGGGGACUGAUUGGAAGAGGCCGAUCAUCCAGUUUGUGGAGUCAGACGAGAAGAAGUCAUCCUACUUCAGCAUGGAUUCAGGGGACGGGAAGAAGCUAUCAUACCCUGGGGUGCAGCUUGGGGAUGUGAGUCGGCCCCCCAUCUCCUUUGUAGACAAAGGGGACUUGAGGAAACCGCUCUUCAUGGCAGAGUCGAAAAAGACCUUCUUCUCCAGCGAAGGAGAGGGCAGGAGGUCAUUGUACUCAGGCGGGCAGAUAGGGGAUCUGAAGAAGCCCUCCCUCCCUCCGGUGGAGACAGGGGACCUGAAGAGACCUAGCUACAACACGGCCAACAGAGUGCCCGGGUCGAGACCCCGGGUGAAGCUGGAGGAGGUCCUGUGCGACUCCUGCAUCGAUAACAAGCAGAAGGCGGUGAAGUCCUGCCUGGUGUGCCAGGCUUCCUUUUGCGAGCUGCACCUCAAGCCCCAUCUGGAGGGGGCUGCUUUCCGGGAUCACCAGCUGCUGGACCCCAUCAAGGACUUUGAAGCCAGGAAGUGCCCAGUGCAUGGCAAGACCAUGGAGCUGUUCUGCCAGACAGACCAGAUGUGCAUCUGCUACCUCUGCAUGUUCCAGGAGCACAAGAACCACACCACAGUGACAGUGGAGGUUGAGAAAUCGGGAAAAGAGGCCGAGCUCUCACUGCAGAAGGAGCAGCUGCAGCUGAAGAUCAUAGAGGUAGAAGAUGAAGUGGAUAAGUGGCAAAAGGAGAAGGAUCGCAUCAAGAACUUCACCACCAACGAGAAAGCCACCGUGGAUCAGCAUUACAAAGAGCUGGUCCGCGACCUGGAGAAGCAGCGGGAUGAGGUGAAGGCUGCCCUGGAGCAGAGGGAAAAGACCGCGGUGGAGAACAUAAAAGAAAUCGUGGAGGAGCUAGAAGAGAGGGCAAAGCUGCUGCAGGAGGACAAGGAGAUCAGGGAGCAGAUACAUCAGAUCAGCGACUCGGUGCUCUUCCUGCAGGAAUUUGGCGCAAUGAUGAGGAACUAUAUCGCCCCGCCAUCUCUCCCGACUUACAGCGUCUUGCUGGACGGGGACACCAUGAGCCCGUCGAUGGGGCUCCUCCGGGAUGAUCUGCUGAAUGUCUGCAUGAGACAUGUGGAGAAGAUCUGCAAGGCAGACCUCAGCCGGAACUUCAUAGAGAGGAAUCACAUGGAGAAUGGUGAUCACCGCUACAUGCUCAAUAACUACGAGUGGAACCAGCCUGACAACGUGAAGAGAUUCUCCAUGUACCUGACUCCAAAAGCCAAUUUCAACAACCGAGCGUGGGAAUAUUCCUCCUUCCAAAAUGCAGAGGAGACACUUGGCAUUGGUAACUCGGCUUUCUCAAUGAAAGUGGGCAAUGGAACUAAGAUGCCAUAUCAGUUCUCCCAGAUGGGGCAAAGUUCACCUGGUGACUUCAGCAAACAGUCCGACGGCAGCCUCUUCACUAAGACUGCUUACCCUGCAAUAGUGAGACACCAAGCUACAAAGGUGCAGCCGCAGACAUGGAAAUCCUCCAAGCAGUCCAUGCUGUCACACCACCGCCCCUUUUAUGUCAACAAAGGCAACGGAUUCACUUCAAAUGAGGCACCUUGAAUCCCGCUGUCCAUGGGAAAAGCCAGAUGUGCCGGGAGUGGAGAACCAACCAAGAAUUUUCACAUAUGAACCUGCUACUAUAUUAAACUUCCUGCUCUAAUCUCUGGAGGGGCUGGAUAGGGUGGUCGGCGGUAGAGGAAAUGAGGACUUUUCCCAACUCAUAAUCGGUCCCAGGACCGUUUUAUAUUUCCCUUGAAAGCUCUGCAGCCCCGGAGAACUCUAACAAGCCCAACCCGUGUAGAUUUCUUAUUCCCUGUCUCGCCACACCCUCCUCUGCCUGCAGAGAGAUUGCUCUACUUCUCCUAGGUGCUUUGGGGAAGGUGGGGUCUUGGAUAUGGUAUGCACUGAGCCCUUCCCCUCCAUAAUAUCAUACCAUGUGCUUCCUGCUCUCCCAACCACAUAGUCAUCAUUGAAUGAAUUUGUAGAGCUGGUGAAAGGUGCCAAGUUGGAGUCUGAAGUCCUCUUUAAAUCUACAAGGCAGGGUCAUCCUGGGAUCUGGCAGGCCAAGCUUUCUCCAUGCUCCUCCAUCCACCUGCCUCAAACCUAAUCUGCAGACAUUCCCCCCUCCCCCAGUGGGAAGGGCAAGUCUGUCUCUGUGAGCCACUCAAUCCUUGGCCUCUCUAUGGAGACACUCUUGGGCUUCCCCUUGACAAUGUCCAGUGGUUACCACAUGGUGGACACCACCUCUGCACCAAGGACAGCUCUGAGUCCCAUCCACUCAUUUCACAGUGGCCACCAAAGAUGCAUCAGACUGUAACCGCUUCCAGUCACUCCUCCCCUGGGCUGGCUGCCAAUCGAUGGCAAAAAGGCUCUACAUCCCAUUAACGGGCCCCCCCAGCCACCGCUUCAAAUUAAAAAAGAAAAGGAAAAUCCAUCCCACUAAUGGAAGAUUGAUUAGAUGUCUUAGGUGGGCUCCCCCCCUCUUCCCGCAAACAAAAUUGGCUUAUAUAUUUUGGUUCCAUUAUUUUUUUCUGGAUCAGGAAUUAUUUUUGUUGUUGCUCAGGGUAAUAUUUCAGGGUUGGUUUUCUUUCUGACUGUGUUCUGGACAGAGCGGUCGCAUGACUGUUGCCAGCCAGAAAGCAGGGCAGAGGCGAUUGGUGUUCCAAUGAUCCAACUUAGCUUUUCCCUCUGGGCAACAGGGAGGGGUGACUGUAACGAUGCAAAAUCUCCAAGAGCAUCAGAGCUUGCUGCUGCUGGCUGCGGGGCACCCUCAGCUCCCCAUAACUUCAAUGGGAACUAAAGGCACAUUGCAGGAUCAAGGCCUGGCUCUCUGACCAUGAGACGUUGCUGGAGAAGCGAGUGUUUGUAGCUACUUUUCGUGACUUGUUCAGUUCCAGCCUUCCUCAGGUUCACAGCCAGCCCACCCCUUCUCCUCACCCGUGCCCGCUCGCACACGCAUGCAGCACCUGGUUGAAUGAGGUCACACCUAUUGCUUGCUGAAAAUUACUUUGUAGUUAAUCCCCAUGGCAAAGCUAUGUGCUGUUUUUUAAUCUGACUCUGCAGACAAAACUUCUUUUAUAUCCAUGUUUUACAUGAAAGG